AUAUGUAUUUACCAUUAGAGAUUAAAAUCUAUAAAUACAUAAAAUUCCAAUACGAUCGUUUUUAAUGAUAAAACCAUAGUUUAUAAGGGAUAGUAAAGUGUAUCUGAUUAUUAAGUAAUCCUCUAAUUAAUAUUAUUAUAGCAGCGACUACUUGUCUCAUAAAUCUUAUAUUAUCCGAGUUAAUCCAAACCAUUUCGAGUGCCCUUGUGCCGUAAAGACUAAAGAGCAAAAAGAGUCACUCGUUUUUUGCGUGUAUGUGUGUGUAUAAAUUAAUGUAGUCUUAUAAGGUCAUAAGGACUAAAUAUAGGAUAUCUUACUGGUGAAAAAUCAAAUAAAAUGUCUUCAUCAGUGUUGAGUGAGGACCCAGUGAAGUUGGAAGUGGGUAACGAAUCUUUCCAAGCCUGCAGGGUCUGUCUGGCGUGGGAUGUGAAGCUGUACAGUAUCCAUGAAUGGGGGAUGAGUGAUACGUUCGCGGAGAUUAUGGGAAUAACACUAUCUAUGUGGGAUGGGCUGCCACAGCACCUGUGCGCGUGGUGCCGCGCGCAGCUCGCGCGUGCGCAGGCGCUGCGCGCGCGCUGCCGCCGCGCCGACGUGCUGCUCAAGCAGGCACUCCAGCACCAGCACUUUAUUACAGACACAUUCAUUCGCACCAUUGACCGCUCCAUGCACGGAUUGACAAACACACUCUCUUGUCAUAAAAGUUCAAAAAACGUAAUCGAAAUUUCUGUCUACGAUAAAACAUCAUUAGACGAUGAUGAUGAUAGCAAACUUGAAUGUAAAGAUAUAAUAAAAAAUAAUGACACAGAAUGUGACAAGCCAGAACUUGACUUGAAUUGGGAGGAUGAUGAUGAUGAUUUUCUAAACAAACUGAGCUCUGAUGAUAAUUACGAACAAGAUAAGAUUAAUAUAUAUAAACAUAAGAAUAAAAUCACAAAUAAAGAUGCGAAAAACUUACCAAGAGUAGAGAUAGUAGAAAUAAAUUUAGAGCCCCAAGAUAUAAUAGUUGAUGAAAGAAAGACUCGAAAACGACCAAUUAGACAGAAAACACAAAAAGUGAAAGAAAAAGUUACAGUGAAAAAAAGUAAAGCAAAAGUAAAAAGUACAUCACAAGUUAAAAGUAAAUUAAAAGUUAAAGAUAAACCAGCCAAAGAUAUAGAGAGAGAAGAUGGCACAGUAAAAGUAAGAAAAAGAAAGCCGCAAAGAUUCAUAGAAAAGUUAGGGACGGAAGAAGAAAUUAGGGAAUUUGAAAAGAAAUACAAUUUUCAAGUGCAGAAUUUGACAGAAGAAGAAAUGGCGAAGGACAUGGAAGAAAGAAAGAAGUCGGAUAACUAUUUGAAUGGAAUGUAUAAGUGUGAAUUGUGUUAUAAAGGAUUCCUGACACAUACAUCUUAUAAUAACCAUUUGAAGUCUCAUGAUAUGACGCGCGGCGACCACGAAUGCCAGUUCUGCCGCCUGCGUUACCACACGCCGGGCAAGCUGCGAGAUCACAUGCGAAACGCGCACCGUCUGAAGUUCCUCUGUGCCGUCUGUAGCAAGUUCAUGGCCGGAUUGCAGUGCGCAAUUUUGCACGCCGCGUUCCAUUCGGGCACCACGUUCCAGUGCGCGCACUGCGACAAACAGUUCCUAAAGAAGACGUCGCGCUCAACGCAUAUGCGCAUAGCGCACCCGCUCGAGAACGCAAACAUCGGGACAUGCGAACUGUGCGGGGAGAUAUUCACGAGCCGGCAGGGACUCAAGAUGCACAAGACCCGGAGCCACAGGGAGUCGCUGGACCGCAGCCUGUUCUGUCGCAAGUGCCGGCUGCAGUUCGAGAGCCAGGAGGCUCUGCUGCGUCACAAGGAACAGCAGCCCGGGAAGCGGUGCCACAAUAAGAAGAGCGCGUGCCAGCAGUGCGGUGCUCUGUUCAAGACUGAGGAGGGCUUGAUACAACACAAACACGAGAUACACGGCGUCGAAUUAUUCACAUGCGACGCGUGCAACAAAUCGUUCCUGUCAAAAAUGUCACUCUCUGUGCACAUCGACCGCCUCCACCUGAACAUCAAGCCAGGAUCAGGGCGACAGCAGUACUACGCGCGGCUGCAGAGAAAGAGGGGGGACAAGCCCAAAGGGACCCAGCCUAGGGAGAAGAAAAAUGUUUGCGAGGUCUGCGGGAAGUCAUUCACGCAGUACUACGCGCGGCUGCAGAGAAAGAGGGGGGAUAAGCCCAAAGGGACCCAGCCUAGGGAGAAGAAAAAUGUUUGCGAGGUCUGCGGGAAAUCAUUCACGUGCCUGUCCGUCCUGAAAACCCACCAGCUGGACCACACGGGGGACCGGCCGUUCAAAUGUCCGCAGUGCCCCAAAGCCUACUUGUAUGCCUGGCAGCUAAGGAACCACAGCGACUGCGUGCACCGCCGCAUCCGCAAGUGGCGCUGCUCCGAGUGCCCGAAGACCUUCCUCCACCAGUCCUCGGUCUACGUCCACAAGCUGAUCCACACGGGCAAGCGCACGCACAUGUGCAGUUACUGCGGAAAGGCGUUCCUGCAGUCCGGCUCACUGUACACGCACGUCAAGUACGUGCACCUCAAGGUCAAGCCGCCGCCGCGCAAGCGGAACAAGAAGGACGCCAAACCGUGCCUAUAGGGAACGUGCAUGAACUAUAGGGACAGCAUAGGAGCCGUUAG